AUGGAUCCACUAUCAAUGAGUGCCAGAAUUUCUGGAUUAAUAUCCAUUCUCAGUUUUAUUGCUGGAAGGAGUUGCAAAUAUGUAAAAUCAGCUAGGAGAUCUGUUCAAGAAGUAAAGAAGCUUGUUGACGAAAUGACCAAUCUAUACGGUAUUCUUAACCAAUUACGCCUGGUAGUUUCACGGUUUGAUGACGAAUCAAUCCCGUCCAUAACUCAAUCUCAGAAUAUAGAUGCUUGUCGAACACUGCUUAACAAAAUAGAGGAAAGACUAGAUAAAGCUGACCCAAGCCAUCUUAAAAGUCAAAACCGAGUACUCACCGGAAAAAUUUCCACCUUAGGGCGAGCUCUCUACUGGCCUUUCAAUGUCAGUGAGACUAAGGCAUUAAUCGACGACAUUAGGACACAGAAGCCUACCUUUAUGCUUGGUCUACAAGUGGAUGAAAUGAACAUGUUAUUAGAUGCUCUAGGUGAUCGGAAGUCACAAGGACUAGAGAUAGAAGCAAUACACAAAAAGCAGAAGGAAAUUAUCAAAUGGAUAGCGCCAUAUGACCCCAGUCAGAGACAUCAAGAAGUUGCAACGAAACUUCGGCAGCCAGGCACCGGUCAGUGGUUCUUCAAAGGAGACCAAUUCAGUUACUGGUGGAGUUCGAAAGCAUCAAGAUUGUGGCUGUAUGGUAUUCGUUUGGCAUUCUUUUAUUGCGACUACAAAGAUCCACGGACACAUGAUCCUUUGAAUAUUCUGGGAUCUCUAGUUAAACAGCUUGCAUUGGCAGACCGCCGUGGAUUUGCGGAGCUGGAGAAUUAUUGGGUUGAUCAUUGUCCAAAUAAAGACAUUGGCCCCUCGAGUCGAAUAUCUGCAGAGCAGCUUUGUCAUUUGCUUCAAGAUAUUUCACGAUACUUUGACAAUGUUCAUCUGGUUAUUGAUGCUCUAGACGAGUGUGGAGACAGCCGAUCAAAUACUGCACGAAUUCUGGCUAAGCUCAACGCUAGCAAGGAUAGCAAUGUCAAAAUAAUAUUAACCUCACGCCCUGAGCCAGAUAUUGAACAGUACCUGGCAGGUUUUGCAAGAGUCCCCAUUUCAGCACACAGAAAUGACUUGGAACUUUACGUCCAUUCGGAAAUGCAGCGUCGGGAAGAUAAUGAUCUACUAUUUAUCGAGGAUCAAAAGCUCAAAGAAGAGCUUGCACAACGCCUGGUGAACGAAGCACAAGGAAUGUUGUCUGUAAAUCCAUCCGAUAAGAAGAUGGAUCGAGAUGUUAUUCCGGCUAAAAAGAAUAUUCUGAAGAGAUGCAGUAGUCUUGUGAGAAAGACUAGUGAGGGUGGGCCAUUUGACACCCGAAUCGAACUGGCGCAUUUCACCGUUAGGGAAUUUUUAUUACUUAAAGUUCUGGAUGAUCCCUACGCUAGCUACCGCAUGUCACAGGAUUAUCACAACGCUUAA